GAGAUAAUACAAGCAGCGUCACUGGAGCGCGUCUGUGCCUCAAAGCAGGAAGCUGCAUCCCGUUCACACAUGAGUUACCGACUGCUUUUUUAUCCUGAAAAUAAACCGGUACCAACAUGCCUGUCAUCAGAACCCUCAGCAAGGUGGCCAAGCAAGUUCUGCUCGGCACCCCGGGGUGCGGCUGCCAGUCCCUCACCGUGGCUGCACGCAACAUCAACUUCUCCCCCCGGCAGGUGACGUCUGAUGCCAGCUUCCACUCCGUGUCCUUCUCAGAAACGGACCACCCCAAGGUGCUCAUUACAGGUGGCCUGGGACAGCUCGGGGUGGGGCUCGCCAAAAUGUUGAGAAAGAAGUUUGGGAAGAACAACGUCAUUCUGUCUGACAUCCGGAAACCUCCAAGCAGCGUUUCCCACAGUGGCCCCUUCAUCUACUCCGACAUCUUGGACUACAAGAACCUGCGGGAAAUUGUGGUGAACAACCGCAUCACAUGGCUGGUUCACUACAGCGCCCUCCUCAGCGCGGUGGGGGAGGCCAACGUGGCCCUGGCCCGCUCCGUGAACAUCACCGGGCUCCACAACAUCUUGGACAUUGCAGCGGAGCAUGGCUUGCGCCUGUUUGUCCCCAGCACCAUCGGGGCCUUCGGUCCCACCUCUCCCCGCAACCCUACGCCCGAUCUCUGCGUGCAGAGACCUCGCACCAUCUACGGCGUCUCCAAAGUCCACGCCGAGCUGAUGGGAGAGUACUACCACCACCGCUACGGCCUGGACUUCCGCUGUCUGCGUUACCCGGGAAUCAUCUCCGCUGACUCCAUGCCAGGGGGCGGCACGACAGACUACGCUGUCCAGAUUUUCCACGAUGCGAUCAAGAGCAGCAAGUUCCAGUGCAACUUGAGACCCGACACGCGGCUGCCCAUGAUGUACAUCGACGACUGCUUGCGCGCCACACUGGAGGUCAUGGAGGCGCCGGUCGACACGCUGAGCAUGAGGACCUACAACAUCAACGCCAUGAGCUUCAACCCCGAGGAACUGACCCGGGAGCUCCAGAAGCAGAUGCCCGAGCUGGAGGUCACGUAUGACGUGGACGACGUACGGCAGGCCAUCGCCGACAGUUGGCCGAUGAACUUCGACGAUUCCAACGCACGGAAAGACUGGGGCUGGAAGCACGACUACGACCUGCCGGAGCUCGUCCAGUCGAUGCUGGACUUCUUUGCCGCGGAGUCGCGCAUGGCUCGCUCUCACUGAGGGCUCGCUGCGUUGAGUAUUCUUUGUACAUAAUGUAAAGACUCUCCAAAGGGAGCAGAGAAACUUGACCUGUACAUAAUCGUUCUCUCUGUAAACUCAGAAGGGCUCUGUAUGGCUGGCUCGAGGCCACCGCGUCUUCAGAAUGUAAAGCUCAGUGCGAGCGCGACAAUCCUACCCCGCUCCGGUCUAGCUACUCCUCCUGUGCUCCUCCUUUUUUCUUUCUUCUCGUUUCUUUCUGCCUGAAGAUCUGUGGCGAAAAUAAGUUUGUCCAUCGGGUGGGGGGGGCAUCCACGAGGCAAACCUGUUAAGAUGAAGAAGAAAAAUGACCUGCAUGUUGAUGAAUUGCGCAACUAAUGUUGCAUUGUGUAUUUGUUAACAUCCAUUCUUAAGAAUUGUUCUGUUUAUUCCACUUGCGAUUAUUUAUUCCGUCUAUUGGUGAAAGCCUUUCUUAACUCCCGUUUCCAAGUCUACCUGUCCACUUUUAUGAAGUUUUGACUGUUCAUCAACUGUGUGGGAUUAUCAUGUCUGCCACAUUUGGUGGUUUCUGUAUGUCAACAUUUUAUGAUGAAUGCGGUGAUUGGUUUCUAUCUGAAAACUGUCUGUUCUUUCAAUCACAAAACAAGCUUUGACAAUAAAACCCCUUUUUCCACA